GAAGAAGCUCAAGACAUCGGCGUUUCCACCGACGAUGGAGGUCUUACGUAAAGUUAGCCUGAGGCGCUAACAGUGGCUAGUGCGGGGCUUCCACCGCCACGAGCCACUAACACUCCAGCCACUCAGGGCGCGAGCCACUAUCGCCAGGGCAUCCCAUCCCCACGGGGGACUUCUGUGGCCUGCUUCUUCGCAACGUCCGCCCUCGGCGCCUUUGCGAGACUCGUUCCCCAGCUUCUCAUCCUCCAUUUCCCGUGGGGAAACACCAAUGCACCAUGCGCCUGUUCCUCUCUCUCGGCUACCCUCAUCCUGGGUCCCUUUCUAUAUAUAAUCAGAUGGACGCGACGUAGCACCGAGGAGAGAGCCCUUCAUCCGCCGCCAGUACGCACUAUACUGCCCUCUGUCGCAUCCAACCUCAACCGAGUCCAUCGCUCGCUCAGCUGGUCAUCAAAACCAGACACUGACCACUGACAAGGCCCCCCCAACAGCGCCAUCCAUCAUGUUGGGAGAAAAGGAUCUCACCUCGGGUCCGCACGUGGAGCAAGUCCACACGGCCGGCUCUGUGCACUCCAGCGACAAUGGCACCACCAAAGGCCAGGCGGAUGCCGACGCCCUGGCUGCGCAGCACCUCAUCGACAACUGGGUCAACGACACACCUGAGGAGAGGAAGCUCAAGCGCAAACUCGACUGGCGCAUCCUGCCCUGCUGUUGGGUGCUCUACCUGCUAGGCUUCCUCGACCGCGCCAACGUCGGCAACGCAAAGACGGGUGGCAUGGAGGACGACUUCAACCUGACUUCCAAUCAGUACUCCAUCAUCGUCCUCGUCUUCUUCCUGUCCUAUCUAGUCUUUGAAGUCCCCGCCAACAUGAUCCUCACCCGCGUACGCCCAAGUGUCUUCCUCCCGGGGUUGGGGGUGAUCUGGGGGACCUUUGCCGCUCUGAUGGGCGUCACGCAGAGCUGGCAGCAGCUCACGGGCAUGCGUUUUCUCCUGGGCUUCGCAGAGGCCGGUUUCGCGCCUGGCUGUGCCUUCUUCCUGUCUUCCUGGUACAGAAAGUAUGAGCUGGCCACGCGCUAUGCGCUACUGUACACGUCCGUCCCGAUUGCGGGUGCCGUGUCUGGUCUUCUGGCUGGCCUGAUCACGGAGCACAUGGACGGCGUGUCUGGUCUCCCCGGGCGGCGAUGGCUCUUUAUCCUCGAGGGAGUCGCCUCCAUUGUCGCCGCGAUUGUCAUCUACUUCCUCAUGCCCGACUACCCGUCCAACAGCAAGCGCUUCCUCAACGAGGACGAGUCGGCGCUCGCCUGCACCCGUCUAGCCGUCGACGGCAUCGGCCUCACCCAGGGCCGGGGCGCCCAGCACAUCCCCCAUUGGGAGGCCUUCAAGAUGACCUGCUCCGACUGGCGCGUCUGGGCCCAGUGCUUCCUCUUCGUCCUCGUCACCGGCUCCCAGACCAUGCAGUACUUCAUCCCCACCCUCGUCGCCUCCUUUGGCUGGACAGGCCCCGUCGGCCAGUACCACACCAUCCCCGCCUACAUGGCCGCCCUCGUCUACGUCGUCGCCUGCUGCUGGCUCGCCGACCGCUACAAGCGCAAGUGGCAGUUCAUCUGCGGCCUCUCGGGCCUCGGCUGCGUCCUCUUCAUCGCCAUCACCACCAUCAGCGACAAGAUGGCCCAGUACGUCCUCACCAUCUUCGCCUUUGGGACCAUCUACGGCUGCUCCCCGCUCGUCAAGACCUGGGUCGCCGACGUUAUCCCCCAGCCCGCCGCCAAGCGCGCCAUCGCCAUCGCCCUCAUCAACUCCAUCGGCAACGCCUCGUCCAUCUACUCGACCUGGCUGUGGCCCAAGAAGGACGCGCCCCGCUACAUCCCUGGCUUUGCCACCACCACCUCCUGGCUCGGCGUCUUGUGCAUCUCCACCGCCGUCUUUGCCUACUUUUUUGAAAAGUACCCCGGGCAGGCCAGGGAGCAGCCUCGUCGCGACGAGCCGCAGGAUCCUGAGGAGAGGGUUUGAGACUCUGGGGGCCAGGGGACUAAUAUUUGGCCAUAGUUGAUUGUUAACGAGACGUAGCAAGGCGUAUGUAUUGAAAUAUGCAGAUAAUUGUAGCAUGAAUAAGUGUGGGCAGCAACAGAUAUUGUUUACUUUCACGUCAGGGGUAGAAGGUGAUGGUGCUUACCCUAGGCAUCACUAAUUAGCAUGAAAUGAAUGGCAAAGCAAGAUC